GAAUUCUUAAAUGUAUGGUCACAUUAUGUAGAUAAAAAAGAUUAAACAAUGUAAAUAUUCUUAAUCAUCAGCAAUACUAUUACAGUAGUCAGUAAUGCAGUGUUAAAGAGGUUUAGAGGUUUAAGUGGUGUUAUAGUACCUAGCUCAUUACUGAUUACAUAUUAUUGUUGAACGAACGAAUAGCAUUUGUUUGAUUAAUGGUGAUUGAUAAAUUAUAUUAUAUGGAUGUUACUUGAUUGCUUAUUGACAUUUAAGGACGAUAUUACAUUAUAGAUUUCCAUAGUAAUUUAUACAACUACUAUUUAUUUCAAACUUUUCGAUCAUAAUGAAUAAUGUACUUAAUAAAUAUGAGUAGGUAGUUGCAUAACAAAAUAUUUUAAAUUAUUCAAGUUAACAAAUUAAAUGUUAUAUGGUUAUUAUUUUUUGUGUAGUUGUUAAUUAAUUUUAUAUACAUAAAUAUAAUAGUUUUCUUGGAUUCUACUUUUGUUUAAAAAGCUAAUUUCUAAUCAAAAUGGACCGAAAGAAAAGAUCUAAAAGGUCCAAAGAAGAAUCAACAAAUAACAAAAAGAAGGAUGUAAAACAGAACAAAGUUAAAGAUAAGAAAUCAGGCAAAAAAGAGAAACACAGUGACAAUGAAGAUAACAUAAGUCAAGGAAGCAAUCAAUCUUUUUGUGAAGAUCAGAAGGGUUCAAACAACAUAAUUUGUAAAAAAGAUUCUGACAAAUAUGAAUUGAAACAGAAUGAAGCACACAAAAUUGAUUGUCAUGAGGAUUUGAAAUGUAAACCAUCGGAUGAUGAUGAAAAGAAAGAAUGGCAUGUUAAAACAAAACACAAAAACAAAACAAGCCACCAAAGUUUGAGUGAAGAACAAAACAAUCAUACAAAUAUUCAAAAGCAAAGCAAAUUGUAUGACACAAAUUCCAUACAGGAAAACAACAUUGAUUCACAUGAACCAUUAACUAAAAAAGGAGGAAGAAGGAGAAAUAAAAACAAAAAUAAAAAUAGUCAAGAGCAAAGUAGAUUUGGUGAUUUUGAUUCAUCAACUGAUACAUUUAAUCAGAAAAAAGUAGACGAUCGAAACAACAUUAAUUCGGAUAAAGAAUAUACAUUCAAUUUAUCAAAAAUUGAUGACUCAGAAGUACGGAAGGAUAAAAACGAAAACAACAAAAAAACUAGUCCCCAAAGUUUGAGCGAAGAACAAAAAUAUCAUAAAAAGAUUCAAAACCAAAGAAAAUUGCCUUACAAAGAUUCUAAUGAAGACUAUUUAAAAAAAAAAACAGCACACAAUAGAACAAACAGUGAUUCACAAAAGGACACACGUAUAUCAGUAACUAAAGAUGGAGAAGAAAGAUGGAGGGAUAAAAACAAAAAUAACAAUGGUGAAAAGCAGAGCAGAUUUUCUGACAUAGAGAAAAGUAUUUUUGAGGAAAUAGAUGAAGACAUUUUCAAAUUAUCAAAAGAUUAUUCUCUUGCCCAUUGUGUUGCUGAAGACUUACGAAUGGGAGCAGGCAUAGCUGUUGAUUUCAAACGCAGCUUUGGUGGUGUGGGUAAACUAGUUGAUCAGAAAUUAAAAGUAGGAGAUGUUGGUACAGUUAAGCGCCAUGAUCAAUAUGCAUUUUAUUUGGUAACAAAAAAAAGUAGCAAUGGUAAACCUACAAUGGUGACAAUGGAAAAAGCGCUCCAUUCUCUUUUAAACAAAAUGAAAGAAAACAAUUUAACAAAAUUAGGAAUACCAAAAAUUGGUUGUGGAUUGGAUAAACUUGAUUGGUCUGAAACAAAAUUGCUUAUCAAUAAAAUUUUUUAUGGAUCUGGUAUUCACAUAACAGUAUGUGUACCUUCAAAAUUAUUAGAUUCAAAAAAAACGCAGAAAUUAAAAGUUUACAUUACACCAAAACAUUUAUGGCAGAUGCAACAAGAAACAAUUAUUAUUUUAUUUAUCGAUUUAGAACAAAUAUACAAAAAGAAUUGGACAGACCCUAUAAUAGAUGCAGUUGACGCUAAAUACCCACUCAAAGAAAAUUUAUUAAGAUACGUUAAAGAUAAAAAGUUGGACCCUGGAGACAUAAAAAGAUUCGAUGUUAAGAAUGAAAUUAUAUUUUGUAUUUUUACCACUCAAAGUACAUAUUAUGGUUCUCUAGAAAAUGGAUUCAAAGAGAUAAAUAAAAUCAAAAACUAUAAUUAUUUGGCUAUUGAAAGUGGCCCUAUUGAUUACCCUAGCGAUAAAUUCCAACAUAUAUCAUGGAUAGUAUUAAUAUUUCGCUCGGUUAUUCACUUUUCUGAAUUAUGGUUAUGUGGCAAUGUUAAACAAUCAGAAACCCAUGUAUUUUAUGAUGAAUAUUGUAGAAAUGUCCAGUACCCUAUGAAUCAUUCAUUUCAAUAUAAUUCUCCAACUCAAGGAAACUACAGAUAUAAUGAUGAUUUUCAUAGUUUUAGUACAAAAUAAAAACAAGUAAUCAAAAUUGAGGGUGUCAAAAUAGUUUCUACAAAAACAGAUACAUAAUUCUAUACAGGCAUCUAAAUAAUAAAACUAUUAUGACAUAUUGAACAUGUGAUACUUAUAUAAUCUGUUUGAAUAAAUGUGUUACUAUUUUCAAUUAA